UCUGGCUAAUACCUUCCUGAGUGUACAUAAGCCAGGUGAGAGGGAAGCCCCUCUGCUGUACAGGUACAGCUGCAAUACUCUCAGUCUGCUGCGCCAUGAGGCUCUGAGGCGUUUCCUCUGCACCUAUGACUAACACCAGCCACGUCUUGUCUCCCGUGUUGCCUCUGACGAGCUUCGGCAACGUGCUGGUGUUUCUUUUCAGCAUCACUUUGGCUGCAGCGAUCAUCUACCUGAACGUGUCCGUGCUCCUCACCAUCCUUCUGAGCAGAGCGCUGCGCAGCGAGAACCGCUUCAUGUACAUGCUGAGCACCUGCCUCAGCGACAUCUGCACCGGCGUCUCCUAUUACUACGUCGGUGCGCUCGAUGUGAAGGACCAUUACCAGUCCCCGACCCGAACCUUUUACAUCGCGCCCACGUUCCUGGGCCUGUCCUUCAUGGCCAUCCUGGCCGCGCAGGCGGACCGGUACCAUGCCAUAAUGUCCCCCUUUAAAUACGCCCUGCGCAUGACCAGAAACAAGACCCUGGUGGUCAUCUUCGCCUACUGGUUCUAUGCCUUCUUCAUCGUGGCUGUGCAGAACCUGGUCCCGGUAGGGACCGCCAGUAAGGUCACCAGCAUCGGUACGUUCAUCGGGAACAUAUUCGUCGUGGUUAUAAUGAUAGGCCUGAACAUCAGGCUGUUCAUCAUCGCCACCUUCCAGCUGGGCAGAGAGCCGCCCUCCGAGGAGAGGGACAACAAGCGCUCCUCGGUGUACCUCAUACUGCUGGUGGCUGGGUUUUUCCUGGUCGCCUGGAUCCCCUUGUUCUGUCACAUUAUCGUCUGCAACUUUAUUGGCACCACCUGCUACUCCUUUAGGAACGAAGGCACCGACCCCCUUCGCAUCCUGCCCAGGAUCAACGCUGCGCUGACUCCCGUUCUGUACCUGAGAGGGUGCAAAGCGCUCAGAGUGGCGCUCUUCUCCACGGUGUGGAGACCCUGUUGUAAAAACAGGUUGCUUCACCGACAGCUUGGCCCCUCCAAGAUCCCAGUCCAGGCUUAGUUGGAUGGAUUUUUGAGUCAACAUUAUAUUUACUUGUGCCCUGUCUGUUCUUAAUUUGGUGUGCCUUUUGUUUAAACCUGUUUUAAUAUUUCAGCAUAAUAAUUUUUAUUAGGUUAAUUUGCUCAAUGUUCCAGCCUGUUAUCCCAGAUUAUUAAUGGACAGUGAUCAUAUUACAUUUUAGAUAUUUUUUUCCUGUUGUUGUAGCUUUAUUGCCAUUUAAUUGUCUUAGUUGUCUAAAUCACAUGAUGGGUUGCAGCUUUCAAAGAAAGGUGCGUGUGUAAAGAUGUGGAACCUUAUGCUGGAUGCUUAAGCAGUUAUAGUUCCAAAAUAGCAAAAAUAAAUCAGUUUCUGUGACUGUGUUUCAUACACACAUUUUUGUCAAUCCAGUUACAAUUCAGAACUUUUGCUUUUAUUUUUUUAGUAUUUUUUUAUUAGUUAGCUGCUGCUGUGUUCAACUGCUCUGAUCAUCCACAUGUUUUUUCUAUCUGUCUGUUUAAAUGUUGCUUCAUUGACAGUGUGGCCCCUCCAAGCAACCUACCCUGGCUUAUUAGAGCAGGUCGCUGGGUGUUUAAGUCAGCAUUCGGUUGACACAAUGUUAAAGUCUCUCAUUUUCUCAGUUGCUUUUUGUUGGGAAUUUGUUAUUAAUAUUUAAUCGUUAACAACCACUGGCUUCACUUUAAUUAGGCUAUUUGUGUCAUACUGAGAACUGUUAAACCCAAAUAACUGUUGAAGCUUAUUGAUGGACACUGAUUAUGUUGCAUUUGAAAUGUAGAUUUGUGUUUUUUUAUUUAUUUGUUUUACUUUAUUUUAGUAGUAAAACAUACUAUGUGAAUUUUAAAUUUCAUCUCAAUACUAUCUACCUGGUUUUUGUUACAUCACCAACUGUCCCGCAAUUUAAUCCUAUUUAAAAUAUUUUACAGUUCAGUAAUAUAUUACGUUUCUUUGCAUGAUUUUUGUUGCUGUGCAG